CAGCUCUCCUCGGGCUGGAAAAAUUCGGGAUCAUUUUAAGUCACCACCAGUCCAUCAGCUGCCUGCUUUGAACACAACUCGACCAGGAUUUGAACACUCCAAAUGCAGAAAUGAUUUGGCAACUAACAUCUCAUUGGUCACCCCUGGUUGCACCCCUGAUUUUUGCUCUGCUUCUGCAAGCACCAUUCACCCAUCCUUCCACCAUCACACAGCCAAACUUUGUCCUGCUGCUGGCUGAUGAUCUCGGCAUAGGGGAUGUAGGCUGCUAUGGGAAUGACACUAUCAGGACCCCGAACAUCGAUGGCCUGGCCAAGGAAGGAGUGAAGCUGACCCAGCACAUCGCUGCAGCCCCGCUCUGUACGCCCAGCAGAGCAGCUUUCCUCACGGGCAGAUACCCCCUCCGAUCAGGGAUGGAUGCUGUAAAUGAUUACCGUGUUAUUUUUUGGAAUGCCGGCUCAGGAGGGCUUCCUCCAAACGAAACCACUUUUGCCAAAAUACUGCAGCACCAAGGCUACAGCACAGGACUGAUAGGGAAGUGGCAUCAAGGUGUUAACUGUGAAUCCCGCAAUGACCACUGCCAUCACCCUCUAAAACAUGGAUUUGACUACUUCUAUGGGAUGCCUUUUACACUAAUAAGUGACUGUCAGCCAACAGAAACACCAGAGAUGGACAGAGGCUUCAGGAUGAAACUCUGGCUUUCCACUCAGAUGAUUGGGCUCAUUACACUCACUGCUGUCCUUGGGAGACUGACUGGCCUGAUUUCAGUCCCCUGGAGAACACUGACCUGCCUUGCUGCGUUCAGUCUCCUGUUCUUCAUAUCCUGGUUCUCAUGCUAUGGAUUUGUGCGCUACUGGAACUGCAUUAUGAUGAGAAACCAUGGAAUUACUGAGCAGCCAAUGGUGACAGACAGAACUACAUCCCUUAUCUUGAGAGAGUCCAUUUCAUUUAUUGAAAGAAAUAAGCACAAGCCAUUCCUCCUCUUUCUUUCCUUUUUGCAUUCCCACACCCCUCUCCUCACCACAGAGAAGUUUCUUGGGAGGAGCAGACACGGUUUAUAUGGAGACAAUGUAGAGGAGAUGGACUGGAUGGUGGGCCAAGUUCUCAAUGCUAUUGACAAGGAGGGCUUGAGAGAAACUACACUAGUUUAUUUUGCCUCUGAUCAUGGUGGAUGGCUGGAAAGACAAGAAGGUGGAAGGCAGCUGGGUGGCUGGAAUGGAAUAUACAAAGGUGGAAAAGCUAUGGGAGGCUGGGAAGGAGGAAUCCGUGUCCCAGGGAUAUUUAGAUGGCCAGGAGUGUUACCUGCAGGCACAGUUAUUGAUGAACCUACAAGCCUUAUGGAUAUUUAUCCUACAGUAGUUCAUUUGGCUGGAGGGGAAGUUCCUCAGGACAGGGUGAUGGACGGCCGGGACCUGCUGCCCUUGCUGCGCGGAGCGGCGGCGCACUCGGAGCACGAGUUCCUGUUCCAUUACUGCGGCGUGCACUUGCACGCCGUGCGCUGGCACCAGAAGGACACUGGAGCUGUUUGGAAGGCUCAUUACAUGACUCCCAUUUUCAGUCCUCCUGGAGCUGGGGCUUGUUAUGACAGAGGAUUUUGCCAAUGCUUUGGGGAAAGAGUGGCCCAUCAUGAGCCUCCACUGCUGUUCGAGCUCUCACAAGACCCUUCUGAAGCCAAACCUCUCUCGGCUGACACGGAGCCCCUCUUUGACACUGUCAUAAGGAAGAUUGGCAGAGCCGUAGAGGAGCAUCGCAGGACCCUGACUCCAGUGCCAGAGCAGCUCUCUGUGUCCAACGUGGUGUGGAAACCGUGGCUGCAGCCAUGCUGUGGGACGUUCCCGUUCUGUUGGUGUGAUAAGGAAGGUGACAAUAAACUUGCUGACCUAUAA